GGCUCUCUCUUCGCAUCCUUAUUGAAGGCUAAGGCGGUAGCCCCUUUCUUACUGUGCAGACUUGGCCUGGGCAAAUGUGCCAAGCCGAGGACUAUAGACCUUGGCAUAGUUGGUGCCAUUACCAGUUUGCAUGUCCGGUCUUCGAAUAUCCUGGGACGACCCUUUUUGACCGGCAUAGGAUUUAACCAGUCCGAGUGCUGUCCGUGGAUCCCGGUACGAAGCACAUGUAUCCAAGGAUUACAAUAUGCCCUGGGCGAAUUUGGACUUCGAGCGGUGCGGAUCCUUUACGUCGACUGAUCUCGUUCUACCUGGCUCGGCGACCCUUCGUCUUGCUGGCUGGGUACUGUGAUGGGCAGUGACCUGCAAAUGCUCUAUGUCCUCGCAGAUGAUAUCCGGCUUAUCAAGCUCGGCUUCAAGGAGCCUGACCAGACCAGGGCGGAUAUUGAGUCUGGUGCGGAUAAUCCGCGUCCCGUUCUGCUGGACCGGGACUUCUCACCUAUUGGGCGCUCCCACAGUUUUGUCCGAACUUGCAUAGAGACACCAAAGAUCCCAUACUAUGCGGAUCACAGGCCGUGCUACUACCUGCCGCUCGCCAACGGGUCAGAAUACGUAUCAGGCAUUGCCGUCUACAUGGAACCUAUUAUUGACCUAGGAAUCAAGGGCAUUGCCUCUCAUGGCCGGUCAACUCAGCUAUUGGGCCAGCGCACGAAGUGCUCGAUUCACAUGGCCCUCAGUCCUGGGGAAUACCUCAACUCUUUAUGGAUGCAUAUCUCCUGCGGCCAUAAAAGAUUGAUACGAAGUCAUUAUGCCUUGUCGGUCAGCACAAACCGCGGCCGGAGCCACCAUUUUGGGCCUUACUAUGCGACACAGCGAACGAGAAGAGGAUACGAAGAAUUUCCUCAGUGGACACAAGUCAGUAGCGGCCGUCCAUCAAAAAUCACGGGAAUCAUCGUCGACGCCUUGACAUACAAUAUACAACAAGAUGUUUUCGACAUGGGAGUUACGGAGGAAUAUGAACCCGACCAUGAAGAAUUGCUUGAAGCUCCGUCUCCGACCGCCGUGCGGCAUGGCUUUCCGGAUAUUCCUAUCGUCCGAAUUGAACUACGAUCGACGGUCAUGCAGUCAACAGCAACACUAGAUGAUAUAUCCAACCUUCAAGUCCGCAAAGUUGGUCUUCGGUGCAUGGGAUUGCGCAUUCUCCAUGGUGAUGGAACCAUCGAAAUACUUGGCCAGUGGGACCCGGCGGAUCCGACUUCAAUCUCGACUCUAUACGAUGUAUCCGAAGGCCCCCUGGCUGGAUUAACUUUCCAAACGACGCCGGUAGACAAACUCGACAGCUACAUGUCUGACAUCACGCCGAUCCUACAGAACUCGCGCGUCGCUCCCCAAACCACGGCAUCACCCUUCACCCAAGAUUUUGCGUGUAAAAGGGACGGACAACGUUUGGCUUGGUGGUUCACGCCCGAUCUGGACAGCGUAUCGCUAUGCAAUGCGGGACGCGUAAAGCAUAUAAAAAGACGAAGCCAGGCCUUCUUCCCAUCGAGCCUACUACGUUAUUAACAUGAGCCGAGGAUCUCCCACCAGAAAGACAACUGGAAAGUCAGUGCCGAACGUCUUGGAGGGCGAGAGAGGCGGGCAAGGACAGCGAGGAUGGCAACGAAAGGCUUGUACAAUUGCACGUGGAGUUUAGGCUCGGUGGGUCAGGGAUGCAGCGAGAACGAGUAAUAUUACCGCCCAAACUAAAUCAGAACCGACUGAAAAAGAAUCCCAUAUCAAAAAGCAGAAAACGAA